AUGUUAAUAGCAAGAAGGAUACAACCAUUUUUACCAAUAUUUAUUCUAAGAAAUUUUUAUCUUAGAAAUUUAUUUCUUGAUGAAAAUGUUAGUUUAGGAUUUUAUUAUUAUAUCCUUACAUUUAUUUAUUCUAUUAUUGUUGGUCCAUUUGAUACAAUAAAUAAAUUAUUAAUAAAUGUAAUAAUAUUAAUAAUAUUAUGUUAUUUACCAAAAGAAUUAAAACAUUUAAUUUAUUCAUUUCAAGGAGGAUUAUUGGGUACAUUACAAGGAAAUGCUUUAAUUUUAUUGUUAAAAAAUAUUAACAAUAUAAAUGUAGAAAUAUUUUUAAUUUAUCUAAAUAUCUUAAUUUUUUUCCAUAUUUCUGAAUUUAUUUUUAUGGGUAUGAGUAAUCCUCGAUCAAUAAAUGGUUCCAGUUUUCUUUUGGAUCAUUCAAUAGCCUAUUGGUGUGCCAUAAUAUUUAGUUGGAUAGAAUUUUGUCUAGAAAUAUAUUUUUUUUCCUAUAUAAAAGUAAGAUGGAUUUCUAUUAUUGGAUUGGUAUUAGUUAUUUUUGGUGAAAUUAUUAGAAAAACAGCAAUUAUCCAGGCAGCUAUUAGUUUUACACAUCAAGUUGCAAAUACAAAAUUACCUCACCAUAGACUUGUGACACAUGGUGUUUACUCAUUUGUACGCCAUCCAGCAUAUUUAGGAUGGUUUUUUUAUUCUUGUGAAGAAAGACUUUUGAUUGAAUUUUUUAGAGAACAAUAUCGUCAAUAUCAAUCUAAUGUACCAUCUGGUAUACCAUUUGUUAAAGGAUAUCAAUGUUAA